AAUUCUGAAGGAAGAAUCAUGAAAAGGAGGAAAUACCAAGAACUCCACCAUCGCUACAACUGACAACAACGGCUGUCACAGAUUCAGAGACGCAGCAUGGAAACAGGAAAUAUCCUGUUUUUUCUAACCCUUUUCUUCGAGGGAUACUGUGUAGCAAAUCAUCAAAAGGACAAAGCAGAUGUUCAGAAGCGGUACAAAGCUGUGGAGGGAGAAACCUUUAGGAUACCGUGCUUUAACUGUUCGAAGCUGGAUGUGGAGAGUACCAGCCCUGAAGGAUACGAAGGAGGAAGAAAAGGCUCAUUCCUAGACUGUGGAAAACGGUUCACAGCUGAAGCAAAACAUUCUGGCAAUUAUUCAUGUUUCACAAAUGGCCACAAGCUGUUCUUCCAUCUACGGGUGGUUGAGAAAAUGGGAUGCUUUCAGCCUAAUAAGAACUUAAAAUUCCUGGUUGCAGUUUCUGGUGGGGACAUACCUUGCCCAGGCUUCACCUGUAGUAACAGCACAGCUGUCACUUGGUACAAGAAUGAAAAAAAAGUGUCAGAACAGAAAAGAGUGUCCUCUGUAAAGCGAGGGGUGCUACAUCUCAAUACAGUCACUGAAAAAGAUACUGGAGUAUUUUUCUGUGACACACAAAUAAUUGAGGAAGGAGUCAUAUGGAUCUUCAGGACGGCAGUUGAGGUCAAAGUUAUACCACCACCGUCAAAUGACCCUCCCAGGAUUCCUGCUGGUGAUGCGACAGAGGAAGUGGAAAUUGGUCAGCCUCAUACUCUGUCAUGUAAGGCAUUUUUUCCUUUUGAACUAAAUUUUUCAUCAAAUAUGGAAUGGUACAUGAAUAAUGAUGGCAACAUGACUCUACUAGAUAGUAAACAGAAUUCCACAAACAACGAGUCUUUGGAAAAGUACCGGGAAGAGUACGAGGUCAUACAGGUAGCAUUUAUAAAAGAGGUUACGCCACAAAACCUGGCACACACCUACACCUGCAUCGCCAGUAAUACAUUUGGAAACGUCAAUGCCACAAUCAAGCUCAAAAGGAAACUUAAAGUACAAUGGCCAUCACUGGUUGGAUAUCCAGUCACGUCCUUCCUGCUCGUAGCUGGGCUGGGGAUCAUCGUGCAUGUAAAAUGGCUGGAGAUACAGCUCAUCCACAGAUCCUACUUUCAAACUGGAAGACAGGAUGGAGAUGAGAAAGAGUUUGAUGUGUUUCUGUCGUAUGUGUGGAGCCCUCCAUCAGCAGAGGUGACGGAAAGUGUGACCACUUCCUCCAGAUCACCUCCCAAUGAUGAGGAAGGAAGUCCGUGUAUAACUGGACUACUCGAUGAGCAAAACACAAGGCCACUAGAGGUGCUGCUACCCCAAGUGUUAGAGGACCAAUGGGGAUAUCGCCUGUGUCUGCUGGAGAGGGAUGUUCUUCCUGGAGGAGCAUACACAAAUGAUGUGGUUCUUGCAAUAAAGAAAAGCCGAAUGCUUAUCUGCGUCCUGUCAGAUAACUACCUCACCAACAGUAAUGCUGUAUUUGUACUGGAAUCAGGAGUUCAGGCUUUGCUGCAAAAGUCUGUCCUCAAACUCCUGCUUUUAUGGACGAGUAAAGACUCAGCAUCUCUUAUCCAGCCUGACCCCCCGCUGCCCACACUUCUCCAAAAGGCCUUAAAGGUGCUACCCAGCCUGGAUUGGAGAUCAGGCAAACCCCCCAGAAGCAGCUUCUGGAGAUCUUUAAGGAAGCUCAUGCCCAAUAACAAAGUGGCACUGGUUUCAGUAAAGCAGCAUUAAUGAUUAUAUUUUGGUGAAUGCAGAGACUGUGCAGUAUAUAAGGUCACUCCCUUUUUUUCUUACAUAAUAUACAGAAUAUUUAUUUAUUGUAUACUGCAGACAGUUAACAUGUUUUUCAUUAAAAUUGCAAGCACUUUCAACAAGACCCAUUCAACCACAAUGCCAAAGGAAAUCAUUUCUACCUGUGCCCAACAAACUUUCUGUCUUAUGACACCUGGACUCCUUUCACUUGUAAUAACUUGUGUAUAUUGUACAUAUUGUUUUAACUUUGGAAAAUGUAUUUAACGUGGUACUUUGAGUACCAUAGUUUUGUUUUGUUUAUUUUCCAUAUAUUGCAUUUUCUUUUUUAUACUCAAGUGUCUGUAACACAUGUUUAUUCUGAACACCUGAAUGAACACAAGUUAAGGAAAUUUCCAUGACAUAGAUGUAGAUGUAUUCACAGCUAUCAUUUUAGUAUUUAGGAAGGGGAAAAAAGGGUGAAUCACUCUCUGUACAUCACUCAGGCUCCAACAGUACAGGAUAAUUUCCAUCUACACCUAAAAUAAAUGUGUCAGUUAAAUAAUGCAGAAGCAUUGAGAACAUUUAUAAUAUAUAUAUAUAUAUAUAUAUAUAUAUAUAUAAAAUUGAACUUGCAAUCC